CGCUUGGCCUUGCAGCCUGGGACCCGAGGACGUCACCGCGGAACAGUGUGAUUCCGAUUGGCUGAUUCAGGAAGGGGUUCCGCUGUGGACGUCACAAUGCGGAAGUUGGACAGUGAGCCUCAGUCUGAAACUUCCUCCUCUGGGCUAUAUCUGUGAGGGAAUUAAUGUUUCCCCCCUUUCCAUUUCUUGUCUCAAUUUUUGGGGUAAAUUGUUGACUUGCAGGAACUGGAAGGAGAGGAAGUGAAUCCAGGGAGGGUGCAGACUCUGGAAAGGUUGGCUCAGAAUUACCAGAAGGUAAAGGUUUCGCAGACAAAAUUCUCAAAACAUCACAUCAGGAUCUGACGGAGUCACUCAAUUCAUGGGAGUCGAAUAUCAUCGGCCUUUGAAUGGAGAAGGAGAAAUAUUUGUCUUUUCUGUUUUCUUCAAAAGAUUUUAAACAUCAGUGUGACUGGAAAAGCACCGAGACACACAUACUGAGUGAAAGUGUUCCAACGCAAUGACUGUGGAAGGAACUUUAACCAGUUACACAGCCUGAAAAAAGAACGUACCAUUCACAGUAGGGAGAAAUACUACAUGUGUUCUGUGUAUGGGUGAGGCUUCAAUUGAUUGCCAAACCUACAGAUAUACAAGAACACCUGCACCAUGGAGAGACCAUGGAUAUGUGAGGAUUGUGGGAAGGGAUACCGGUCCCCAUCGGAGCUGCAAACCCAUCGACACAUUCACACCGGGGAGAGGCCAUUCACCUGCUCCGUGUGUGGGAAGGGAUUCACUCAGUCAAUCAACCUGCUGACACACCAGCGAGUUCACACCGGGGAGAGACCAUUCACCUGCUCCGUGUGUGGGAAGGGAUUCACUCAGUCCUGCAGCCUGCAGAGGCACCAGCGGGUUCACACUGGGGAGAGGCCGUUCACCUGCUCCGUGUGUGGGAAGGGAUUCAAUCAGUCAUGCAGCCUGCAGAGACACCAGCGAGUUCACACUGGGGAGAGGCCAUUCACCUGCUCUGAGUGUGGGAAGGGAUUCACUACUUUCUCUCAACUGCUGAGACACCAGCGAGUUAACACUGGGGAGAGGUCAUUCACCUGCACUGAGUGUGGGAAGGGAUUCACUACUUCCUCUCACCUGCUGAGACACCAGCAAGUUCACACUGGAGAGAGGCCAUUCACCUGCUCAGUGUGUGGAAAGGGAUUCACUCGGUCAGCCCACCUGCUGAGACACUUUGGGCAGGUGCAGAUGGUUCAACUUUUCCAAAAUAUAAAAGUCUUUUAUGUCUUCCUAAUGCCUCCGCUUUCAGGGACUCAAAAUGGAUGGAGAUUUUUUGAGGUGAGAUCACCAACGUCGCACUCCACCAUCGAAAGGUUACGCCAAUGCGUUCCGACUCACAGAUCGCCCGAAGCCAUUGUAUCAGACAACGGAGCUGUAUUUACAAGCGCUGAAUUUCAGAACUUCGCCCUUCUAAACAACGUUAAACACGUCCGAACUGUGCCUUACCGUCCAGCGUCAAACGGACCAGCCGAGAAAGCCGUCCAAACUUUCACAGAAUCACACAGUUGCAGAAGAGGCCCUUCAGUCCAUCAACUCUCCACCGACAUACCCCUUUCAUACCAAGUAGACAUGGUGGGCUGGAUCGUUCGUAUACGCGUGGAUCACCUGAGGAGCAGGGAAGUGCUUCCACAGUCAGUGUUGCCACCAAGGAAUGUUAUUGAACCCGCAAGCACUGAAGUACCUGAUCGACCUGUUAUAGACAUAACUGAUGCCCCCAUUGAAUCGAAUAACAGUGAACUGAGUGUGCCAAAAGAGAAGCUUGAACCAGUUACACACACAGCCUGGAAAAAAACAGCGCACCGUUCACGGCGGGGGGGAGGAGGAAACCGUACACGCGUAACUGUGUGUGGACCAGGCUUCGACCGAUCGUCCAACCUGGAGAGACACAAGGGCACCCGCACCAUGGAGAAACCGUGGAAAUGUGAGGACUGUGGGAAGAGGUUCAAUUACCCAUCCCGGCUGGAGUACCACCGGCGCAGUCACACCGGGGCCGGCAUCACAGAGAGACCGUGGAAAUGUGAGGACUGUGGCAAAGGAUUCUAUUAUCCGUGCCUGCUGGAAAUCCAUCGGCGCAGCCACACUGGGGAGAAGCCGUUCAUCUGCUCCGAGUGUGGGAAGGGGUUCACCAAGUCAGCCUGCCUCAUGUCACACCAGCGAAUUCACGCUGAGGAGAGGCCGUUCAGCUGCACUCACUGUGGAAGGAGGUUCAGGCAGUCGUCCACCCUCACUGCGCACCAGCGAAUUCACACCGGGGAGAGGCCGUUCACCUGCUCCGUGUGCGGGAAGAGAUUCACUCAGUCCUCCACCCUGCUGAUACACCAGCGCACUCACACCGGGGAGAAGCCAUUCAUCUGCUCCAUAUGCGGGAAAGGAUUUACUCAGUCGUCCGGCCUUUGGUCCCACCAGCGAGAUCACACCGGGGAGAGGCCGUUCACCUGCUCUGUUUGUGGGAAGGGAUUCACUCAGUUAUCGGCCCUGCUGACACACCAGCGAAAUCACACAGGGGAGAGGCCGUUCAGCUGCACUUCCUGCGGAAAGAAGUUCAGGUCUUCGUCCAACCUCAAUGCGCACAAGCGCGUUCACACUGGGGAGAGGCCGUUCACCUGCUCCGUGUGCGGAAUGGGGUUCACUCAGUCGGCCAACCUGAUGGUACACCAGCGGAUUCACACUGAGGAGAAGCCAUUCAGCUGCACUCACUGCAGAAAGAGCUUCAGGCAGCUAUCCACCCUCACUGCGCACCAGCGAGUUCACACUGGGGAGAGGCCCUUCACCUGCUCCGUGUGCGGGAAAGGAUUCACUCAGUCAGCCAGUCUCAUGUUCCACCAGCGGAUACACACUGAGGAGAGGCCAUUCAGCUGCACUCACUGCGGAAAGAGCUUCAGGCAGUCAUCGGACCUCACUGCGCACCAGCGCAUCCACACUGGGGAGAGGCCAUUCAUCUGCUCCGUGUGUGGGAAGGGGUUCACUCAGUCAUCCGGCCUUUGGUCACACCAACGGGUUCACACUGAGGAGAAGCCAUUCAGCUGCACCUCCUGUGGAAAGAGGUUCAGGUCUUCAUCUGAUUUCACUGCACACCAGAGAGUUCACACUGGGGAGAGGCCGUUCACCUGCUCAGUGUGCGGGAAGGGAUUCACUCGGUCAUCCAAUCUGCUGACACACCAGAGAGUUCAUAAGUGA